AUGCCACCACCAUCCCCCCUCGCCAUAGCGACCUCUUCAGUAAACCGCCUCAUCAAAGAAGAAGCGUCCUACCACCGCGAACUCCUCUCCCAAGAAGCGCGUCUCGCCAAACUCGAAGAACGGGUCGCAAAACUCGAAGGCAAGACGGACGAGGACGAGAAUGCCGAGUAUGAGUUGAAGCAGGAGCGUACGGCGAUUGAGGAGACUAGAGCCGUGUUUCCGCCGCUGAGACAGAGGAUUGCGGAUGCGGUUGCGAAGUUGGAGGAUAGACUUGAGGAGGGGAAGGCGAAGGGAGGGAAGGAGGGUGAGAUUGCUGCGGCGGAGGAGACUGUGGGGAGGGCGAAGGAGGUUGGGAAGUGA